CUCUUGGGCUUUGGGCCGCUGUAGAGCCGCAAAAAGCGCCGCGCCAGCCGAAAAACAUGCAGGUGAGUCCAGCGCUGACCCUACGCCCGCCGCGCCGCGAAACUGAGCCGGUGCGGCCGUCUUGACCCUCCCCUGCUCCCACGUCGGAGGGCUUCGCAGAGACGCCGCGGGCCACUCUGCGGCGGCCGCGCCGCCCAAGCGCGGCUCCACCGAGGCCGCUGAGGCCUCAGGACCCGCCGCGGGCCGUUUCAGCCGGCCUAGGUGGACCCCGGGUCACGCCGAGAUUAUUCCCUUCCGUAGGGUUCUCUGACCACUUCCGGCCCACUGGAGGCGCGGGCCCCGGCACGGCGCCGUCGGUUCCGCUGACGAGCAGCGAUGGCGGGCCCCGGCCGCGAUGGCCAACGAGAGGAACCGCGCGACGCGGCUUUUUUCAGCCACUUCGGCCGCACGCGGCCCAAAGAGACCCAGAGACCCUUCCUCCCCCAAAGACCCCUUCGACGCAAGACCCGACAACCAACCCCACCGCAGAUCUUCGUCAAGACCCUCACGGGCAAGACCAUCACGCUCGACGUCGAGCCGAGCGACACGAUCGACAACGUCAAGCAGAAGAUCCAGGACAAGGAGGGCAUCCCGCCCGAUCAGCAGCGCCUCAUCUUCGCGGGCAAGCAGUUGGAAGAUGGCCGCACGCUGAGCGACUACAACAUCCAGAAGGAGUCGACGCUCCACCUCGUCCUCCGUUUGCGCGGCGGCUGCCCCGGCGGCGAGGUCAUCGUGCCGCCGCCGGGCGGCGUCGUCGAGCCGCCCGAGCGGCCGACGCACAAGCCCUCCGACGAGAGCCAGGACCCCGCCGCGACGCCCGCCGAGAAGCCGGCGCCUUCGCCGACGCCAGCCGCGACGCCCGACGAGCCGGCGCUGCGGUCCCCGGUCGCGAAGAAGUCGAAGAAGAAGAAGAUGAACUACAAAAACAUGAUGGCCCAGAUGACGAAGCGCUCGCCCGAGGCCGACGCGAAGGCGCUGACGGAGGAGCAGAAGCUGCGCCGAGGGCUGGGCGGCGGCAACUUCAGCAAAAUCGACAAGAUCUAGCCCCUCCCCCCGUGUUCCUAUCGCGCGCUUCGACUGACUAACGACAAGAAAGAGU